AUGGGUAUUAAUGAAGAGGAGAAGGUUGAGUUGGCUGCAUACUUGCUCAAGGAUGUGGCUCAGGUAUGGUAUAAGAUGUGGGUAGAUGGUCGAGCACCAGGAGAAGUCCCCAUCACUUGGGACAUUAUCAAGACUGCAUUCCUGGAGAGGUUCUUUCAUAGAGAGCAGAGAGAGGCUAAGGUUGAGAAGUUCAUCAACCUACUUCAUGGAGGUAUAUCAUCCAUGGAAUACUCCUUGAAGUUUGUUAAACCUUCCGAAUAUGCUUCUUCCCUGGUGUCCAGUAGCAGGGAUGAGAUGAGCAGGUUUGUGACGGGUGUAUCAGAGGAUCUGGAGGAGGAGUGUCGGGUAGUCAUGUUGAAUGAUAACAUGGACCUUGCUAGGUUGAUGGUACAUGUGCAACAGGUGGAGGAGAGUCGUCAAAGGAAGAGAGGCCGAGAAGGCAAGAAGCCUAGGACCUCGGAUCAGGAUGGUUCUAGCACUGGUAGGAGUUUGUUUGGAGUCCAGGACAGGCCCAAGUUAAAGAAGGGGCACCAACACUCAGGAAAUCUGUCCAAAGCUGAAUGUGGAGUUUUGGAGCGAAGAACUGAAAUUUGUCCAAAGCUAAAGCGGAGAUUUUAA